CAUCACCAUUUCCAGGUCACCAGGCUUCCAACAUUACUACCCCCCAUUUAUGUGGCCCUCAGGUGUUUAGCAUUUUGGAAUUGUUUCAAAAUAAUCCAUCUCCUCAUCUCCCACCAUACAGAUGUGCUGUUCUACCACUUCCUUCAUCAUGUGACUAACUUGAAACGGAGGCAGAUCAUGAUUGUGUUUGACAUGCUGGACUGCAAAGCUGUAGGGAUUGGUUUUGACCAGUUCUACACGUUGGUUUGCAUACUGCUGGCAUGACAGAACCACUUGGAAGAGCAAUUUAUCUUCCGCCACUCCCGGCCUGUUUUUGAGCUGCUUGACCUGGAUGGGGAGCUCAGAAUUGGUGCAGCCAACUUCCACUUGUGUAACUUUCUCUUCAAUAUUAAAAAACAGCAAUUCAAAGAGCUCUACUGCUUUGACAUCACAGGUGACUGUUGUCUUAGUUACAAGGAAUUCAAGCUGUUUACUAUCUUCUCCAUGGACAAAUACCAGGAGAGGCAGAAAGCUGAGAAAGAAAGUUUUGCUCCAAAAGAAGAUGUCACAUCAAGAGAAUAA